AAAUUCCAAAGCCCCCAAUACAAACUUGAUCUCUCUCACUUCCCUCCCCUCAAAUCUCUCUCUCUCUCUCUCAAGAAGCGAAACAUAAAAGUGAGCAAACAAUCUUCAGUUAAUUAUAUGGAUGACCCAAAAGCUCCUCUGCUCCCUCUCCAAGACUCACCCUCAAGCCCCCAAACCCAACACUCCCUCAUAUCAAUCCUCACCCUAGGCAACUUCUUCAUCCUCCUCGGGCCACUCCUAUGUGCCGCGACGUGCCUCCUCCUUCGUGGCCUCGGGGAUGGGCCCCGGAACAUGCUCGCGGUGCUCCUCUGGGUUUUCGAGUGGUGGCUUACCGAGGCUGUCCCAAUGCCCGUGACAUCCAUGGCCCCUCUCUUCCUCUUCCCAAUCUUCGGGAUCGCCUCCGCCGACACCGUGGCCCACUCUUACAUGGAUGACGUGAUUGCGCUCGUCCUCGGGAGUUUCAUACUCGCCCUCGCGGUUGAGCACUACAACAUCCACCGGAGAUUGGCCUUGAAUAUAACGUUGACAUUCUGCGGCGAGCCAUUGAACCCACCGCUGCUCUUGCUGGGGAUCUGCACCACCACUGCGUUCGUGAGCAUGUGGAUGCACAACGUGGCGGCCGCGGUGAUGAUGAUGCCGGUGGCCACUGGGGUCGUGCAGCGGAUACCGACGGGGAGAAGUGCCUCUGCUGCACAGCGCGGGUUCUGCAAGGCGGUGGUGCUGGGGGUGAUAUACUCGGCUGCGGUGGGCGGGAUGACCACACUGACGGGGACAGGUGUCAACUUGAUAUUGGUCGGGAUGUGGAAGAGCUACUUCCCGGAGGAGGAGCCCAUCAGCUUCAGCCAGUGGUUCUUCUUCGGGUUCCCACUUGGUUUGCUCAUUUUCUUGGCUCUGUGGGGGAUUCUAUGUGGGCUAUACUGUUCAAGAGGAUUGGGGAGGGACUUAUCUGCUUUCCUCGACAAAGCCCACCUCAGAAGAGAGCUCGAAUUAUUGGGGCCAAUGGCAUUUGCUGAGAAGAUGGUGCUGGCCGUGUUCUCGAUGCUAAUAUUGUUGUGGAUGACAAGAAGCAUCACCGAUGACAUUCCUGGUUGGGGAGCUCUCUUUCACGGACGUGCCGGUGAUGGAACCGCUAGUGUGAUGAUGGCAACCCUGUUGUUCAUAAUCCCGAACAAGAAGCACGAGGGAGAGAAGCUCAUGGACUGGAACAAGUGCAAGAAACUUCCGUGGAAUAUCAUCCUCCUCCUCGGCGCCGGCUUUGCGAUAGCAGAUGGGGUCAAGACGAGCGGCCUUGCUGGUGUGCUCUCAGAAGCCCUAGACUUCCUGGAGUCAGCCCCCUAUUGGGCCAUAGCCCCCGCCGUGGCCCUUGUGAGCGGAAUCAUCACAGAGUUCACCUCCAAUAAUGCAACCACCACACUCGUGGUACCUCUGCUAAUACAAAUUGCGAAAUUGAUGAAGGUUCAUCCUCUACUGUUGAUGGUCCCUGGUGCAAUUGGAGCCCAGUUUGCUUUCCUUCUCCCCACCGGGACGCCUUCGAAUAUUGUUGGGUUCACCACUGGCCAUAUUGAUAUUUCGGAUAUGAUAAAGACCGGAUUGCCAUUGAAGGUUGCAGGCAUUGCCGUGCUCUCGCUUCUCAUGCCAACCCUGGGGGCUUAUGUGUUCGGGACGAAUGGAAAAGUCCCAUAGCCGGACAAAGUGCUACGAUAAGCCAUCACUGCCAACAUUUUCUUAGGUCCAUGAUAUUGAAAGGUAAACAGCAACCAUUCUUUUUUUUUUUCCCUGAUAAUUUGUGUGUCAAUAAAAGGAGUCCUUUCAGAAAGGGAGCAUUUUCCAACACAUAUGUUGUAUAUUAGUAGCUUACAAAUUGUAAAGUAAACAAUAUCCGUGCUAAGCAUAAUAUUCUGUAUGGAAUUUCCAGAUUUUUAGUAUUUCUCUUUCAGGGAUACAA